UCUCUUCUAACAUCUCUUUUCAUUCCGCCAUGAGACGUCGCUGCUCUCAUUGCUCCAAGCAUGGCCAUAAUUCCCGCACUUGCCCAACUCGUAACAAUGCCGCCGCCACAAAUUCCUCCGCACAUUCUAAUGGAAGUGAUAACCUCGGGAUUAGAUUAUUUGGAGCUACAGAAAUUAAUGGUCCAUUCAUUAAAAAAAGUGCAAAUAUGGGAGAUAUAUCUCAUCAUCACUCUAAUUUAUCAUCACCCUCUUCUUCUGAUCUUCUUCGUGUUGAUGGGUGUCUUUCUGAUGAUCCUAAUCAUGCUUCUUGCUCUUCUAAUCACCCUACUAAUAUGAAAAAAGGUAUGUUUAAUUUAUUAGAAUUUGCGAAGAUACAUGAGUCCUCUUGUCGAAAAUGCGAUCCUUUCUUCACACCUGGUUUAGGUAAAGCAUGGAGUGAGGAGGAGCACCGAAAAUUUUUAGUUGGCCUUCAGAAAUAUGGUAAAGGAGAUUGGAAAAGGAUAGCUCGCGACUGUGUGGUUUCAAGGACUCCAAUCCAGAUAGCUAGUCAUGCUCAGAAGUAUUUCAUUCGACUAAAAAAUGUCGCUCGUCGAAAGAGGAGAUCAAGCGUUUUUGACAUGGUUCCAAAUAUGGAUGCUCUGACCGGGACAAUCAUUGGACAUGGUACUGAACAAGGAGUUUUAUACUACGUGUAUGAGACACUUCAACAAAGUCAGGCUAUGCUUACUCGCGGGUCCCCUGAUUAUCAUCUCUGGAUGUGGCAUCAAACUCUGGUUGUAAGUAAUCUGGAUCCAAAAGAGAAAGUAGGCGAGACUACCAAGGUUGUUACCAAAUACAUAGUAUCUCCUCUCCCUACCACUCAAGUCCUUGAACAUCCUGCACCACAAGAGGUAAUUCCUAAACUUCAAAAAGUUCCUGAUAAUAACCUUGAUCAUGUAGCCCAUGUUGAUAUACCAAACACGUAUGAGUUUCCCCCUAGGAGUACAAGGGGAAUUCCCCCUAGGAGAUAUGAUCCUGAGUUUGAGGCACAAAGAUCUAGAUAUCCUGUAAAUAGGGAGAAUAAUGAGGCUCUUUCACAGACAACAGUGGCCUUCAAUACUUCUCUUUAUUCGAGUGUUUUGCCCAACAAUGUUGAAGAAGCUAUUUUAAAAGGCAAUGAAAGAAAAGAUAUCUACUUUUGA